AUGAGUCAAACAUGGAAGAAAAAUUCCUCAGAGGGAGAAACCAAGCCCCAGACUUCAUUUGUCAACAAAUUCCUCAGGGGCUCAAAACUCAGGUCCUCCAAUGCUAAAAGCAGAAAAGAGAACAAUGACCUUAAAACAACUGAAUCCCAACCCAGCGAAGGGAUGCAGAAGAUGGCCACCUUAGACAAUGCUAAGGCUCUCAGUUCAGAAAUGGAAUUGGGAUCCCAGAUGGAGAAAAAUGAGCAGCUCCUGCAGAAGCUGGGCAAAAAGGCUGUCAACAAGUGUCUAGAUUUGAGUAACUGUGGAUUAACAACAACGGAUAUGAGGGAAAUGGUUGCUUUGCUGCCUUUUUUCCCGGACUUAGAAGAACUGGCUAUUUCCUGGAAUGAUUUUGUAGGGGGAAGCCUCCGUUCAGUCACUCAGCAGAUGCAUCUUGUCCGCAAGUUAAAAAUCCUGAGGCUGAGUAGUUGCAGACUUACCACUGACGAUGUGCAAACACUGGGAGAAGCACUUGAAAUGAUACCUGAACUCAAAGAGCUAAAUUUGUCCUGGAACAGUAAAGUGGGGGGCAACUUGCCUCGGAUCCUCAGGUUCCAAAAAGGGAGCAAGAUACAAAUGCUUGAGCUUGUGGAUUGUGCCCUCACAUCAGAAGAUGGGGCAUUUGUGGGUCAGUUGCUACCCAUGCUGCGAAGUCUUGAAGUACUUGAUCUUUCUGUUAACAGAAACAUCGGUGACAGUCUAAGUAGUAUUGCUCAGGGAUUAAAAAGUACCUCAAAGCUCAAAGUAUUGAAGUUACAUUCAUGUGGAUUAUCACAAAAAAGUGUCAAAAUAUUGGAUGCUGUUUUUAGAGACUUGGGUGAGCUGAGGAAAUUAGAUUUUUCCUGCAACAAGGAGCUGGGUGGAGGUUUUGAGGACUCAUCAGCACAGUUGGUCAUGCUAAAGCAUCUAGAAGUCCUAGAUCUUCACCAGUGCUCAUUAACAGCAGACGACGUAGUGUCGCUCACCCAGAUAAUCCCUUUACUCUCAAGUCUUCAGGAAUUGGAUUUAUCAGCCAAUAAAAAGAUGGGCAGCUCUUCUGAAAAUCUACUCAGUAGGCUCCGAUUUUUACCAGCAUUGAAGUCGUUAUUAAUCAACAACUGUGCUUUGGAAAGUGAGACUUUUACAGCUCUCGCUGAAGCCUCCAUUCACCUUCCUGCUCUGGAAAUAUUCAACCUUUCCUGGAAUAAGUGUGUUGGUGGCAACCUUCAGCUGCUUUUGGAGACACUAAAGCACUCAACAUCUCUUCAAGUGCUGAGGCUGAGCAGCUGUUCCCUGAUGGCAGAGGACGUGGCUCACCUGGCAUCAGUCAUACAGAUGGGUCAUCUGGCCAGAUUGCAGAAGCUUGACCUGAGCUAUAAUGAUGGCAUCUGUGAUGCAGGAUGGACUAUCUUCUGCCAAAACAUAUGGUUCCUCAAAGAGUUAACUGAGCUAGAUAUUAGCCUUCGACCAUCUAAUUUUCGGGAUUGUGGACAGUGGUUUAGACACUUGUUAUGUGCUGUGAACAAACUCCCUGAGAUCACUGAAAUAGGAAUGAAAAGAUGGAUCCUCCCAGCUUUACAGGAGGAAGAACUAGAAUGCUUUAACCAAGAUCAUAAAAGAAGCAUUCAUUUUGACCAUGGUGGGUUUCAGCAAGCUGAUUUCUCAGGUCUUACUAAGCCAAAAACCAUUCUCCAAAGUUAA